CUCUCCCCCUCCUCUCCAUUGCCCUCCCUUCCCACGCCCCAGUGCGCUGUGGGAUAGUGGUACUAUAAAGUAUAUCCUCUCUCGGAGAAAGAUAAGAAGCCCGAGACAGGAGGGGGAUGAAGAUGGCGGACGCCAAGCAGAAGCGGAACGAGCAGCUGAAGCGGUGGCUGGGCUCGGAAACAGACCUAGAGCCACCGGUUCUGAAGAAAAAGAAGACGAAGGUGAAGUUCGACGAUGGCGCCGUGUUCCUGGCCGCCUGCUCCAGCGGCGACACCGAGGAGGUGCUGCGAAUGCUCGAGCGGGGCGCUGACAUCAACUACGCCAAUGUAGACGGUCUCACCGCCCUCCACCAGGCAUGCAUAGAUGACAAUGUUGACAUGGUGACCUUUCUGGUGGAGCAUGGAGCCAGCAUCAACCAGCCAGACAACGAGGGCUGGAUCCCUCUCCACGCUGCUGCAUCCUGCGGUUACCUAGACAUCGCAGAGUAUCUCAUCAGCCAGGGAGCAAAUGUAGGAGUAGUGAACAGUGAAGGCGAGACGCCUCUGGAUAUUGCUGAAGAGGAGGCAAUGGAGGAGCUCCUGCAGAAUGAGAUAAACAGACAAGGGGUGGACAUUGAGGCCGCCCGGAAAGAGGAGGAGCGUGUGAUGCUGCGGGACGCCCGGCAGUGGCUCAACAGUGGCCAAAUCCAAGAUGUCCGGCACGCCAAAUCUGGAGGGACAGCGCUUCACGUCGCCGCCGCUAAGGGUUACGUUGAAGUGUUAAAGCUUUUACUCCAAUCAGGGUAUGAUGUAAAUAUUAAAGACUACGACGGCUGGUCGCCUCUACACGCAGCAGCACACUGGGGCAAAGAGGAGGCCUGUAGGAUACUGGUGGAGCAUCUAUGUGACAUGGACCUCAUGAAUAAAAUGGGCCAGACGGCGUUUGACGUAGCAGAUGAAGACGUCCUGGGAUACUUAGAAGAACUACAAAAGAAACAGAAUCUGCUGUUGAGCGAGAAGAAAGAUGAAAAGAUUUCUCCUUUAAUUGAAACAACAACCACUGGAGACAACAACCAGUCACUGAAACCACUGAAGAGCAAAGAAACGAUGCUCCUGGAGCCGGAGAAGACGGCCCCACGCAUCGAGACCUUAGAACCAGAGAAGGUGGAUGAAGAAGAAGAAGGGAAGAAGGACGAAUCCAGCUGCUCCAGUGAGGAAGAGGAGGAAGAAGAUUCAGAAUCAGAGAAUGAAGCAGACAAGAGCAAACCUCCCACUGCAGUGAGCAACAGCACGACGCCCAUCUCCACGAGCAUCACCGUGACGUCUCCAUCGAGUCCCACAAACCAGGCGACCACUCCAACAUCUCCUGUGAAGAAGGUGGCUCAAACUGCUGCAAAGGUCUCCACUAAGGUAGAAGACGAGAGGAAGGACGAGUCCCCGGCCUCUUGGCGUCUGGGGUUGAGAAAGACGGGCAGCUACGGUGCGUUAGCGGAGAUCACAGCCACCAAGGAGGCUCAGAGGGAGAAGGACACGACCGGGGUGAUGCGUUCAGCCUCCAGCCCUCGUCUCUCCUCGUCUCUGGACAACAAGGACAAAGAAAAGGAAAAGGACAAAGGAACACGAUUGGCCUACGUAGCUCCGACCAUCCCCAGGAGACUGGCCAGCACUUCAGACAUUGAUGAGAAGGAAAACAGGGACUCUACUGCUCUGAUUCGUAGCGGAUCCUACACCCGACGACGCUGGGACGACGACCUGAAGAACAGCGACGGAAGCACCUCCUCCAACCGGACCUCCAGCUACCAGCGCAGCACGUCCCACACGCUAGCGCUAGGGCGGAGCGGCAGCACGCGGGACGUGCCGGCCAAGUCUUCGUCCACCUCCAGCUUGGACCCUAACACCUGUCAUACUAAACCCUGGCAGCCGCCCGCCUCCCACUACCUGUCUUACAGCAUUUACCGCAGCGGCUCUUUCGGCAGACGACACGAAGACCUGAGCUCCUCAACUACAUCGACCGCCACCUCCUCCUCGACGACCACCACCACCUCCUCAUCUGUUACCUCGCCCACAGGCCACCGUGGCCUGCUCUCCAGCCUAGGCUCCUCCUUAUCACGGACUGGCUCCACCAGUCUCACCAGCAGGUACUGGUCAGAGGAGGGUGCAGACCGAGACAAGGAGAAGGAGUCUGCUGCCGUCAUCCCCACUAUAAACACUGGCUCUACUACGACCACCACGUCCACCAUUAGCAGCACGCCUGUGUUCACCGCUGCUACCACCACCACUGGCACCGGCCCUGAACGACGCAGGUCAUACUUGACACCAGUGCGCGACGAGGAGUCGGAGUCUCAGAGGAAAGCUCGCUCCAGGCAGGCUCGACAGUCCAGAAGGUCCACCCAGGGCGUGACGCUGACCGACCUGCAGGAGGCCGAGAAAACGAUAGGCCGCAGCCGUCCCAUGAAGACCCGCGAAGAGGAGAAGGAGGAGAAGGAAAAGCAGGACAAGGAAAAGCAGGAGGAGAAGAGGGAGACGGAGACCAAGGAGGACGAUUACCGAUCAAGGUACCGCAGCUUUGAAGAGCGCUACCGAACAUCGUCUUCCGCCUCCGUCCCUUCGAUUUCCACACUCAGCACUGCGUCCACCCCGUCCUACUCUAGUACCACCUUGUCCAGCAGUUCUAGCUCCCUCAACAGGCCCAACAGCCUGACAGGGAUCACCUCCUCCUACAGCCGUUCGUCUAGAGAUGCAGAAAAAGAAACUGAGAAAAAGGAAGAGGAGAAGGAGGGAGAGGACAAGUCUCAGCCCCGCUCCAUACGGGAUCGCAGGCGGCCCCGUGAGAAGAGACGCUCCACUGGAGUUUCCUUCUGGACCCAGGACGGUGAUGAAAAUGACCCUGAUCAACAGUCAGACUCUGAGGAGAGCAGCACCAAGGGGGAGACACAGAGUGACAGAUUGUCCAGGAAUGAGAGCAUUUCGUCCUUAGAUCGUAACGACACUCUCUUUAGCCGUAGCUACGGUGAGGGUCGAAGGCCCUACUCCAGCCGACUGGACCGAGACGACACCACAGACUAUAAGAAGCUCUAUGAACAGAUUUUAGCUGAGAAUGAGAAGUUGAAGGCUCAGUUACGUGACACAGACCUGGAGCUGGCAGACUUGAAGCUACAACUAGAGAAGGCCACACAGCGGCAGGAACGUUACGCCGACCGAUCACAGCUUGAGAUGGAGAAAAGGGUAACAAGCAGGCCCCACUAUCAUCUGGGUGGUGGAAAGAAGAGCUCUGGAAAGGAAGAUUUCUGAGAUGGAGGAGGAACUUAAGAUGCUCCCGGACUUGAAAGCCGACAACCAGAGACUAAAAGACGAGAACGGAGCGCUCAUUCGAGUCAUUAGCAAGCUUUCCAAGUAGAACAACCACCUCCUCUUCCUCCUCCUCACCCUCUUCCUCACCCACCGCCUGCCUCCCCCCUCCCCCCUCCACCCUCCUGUCCCUCACGGCAGUGACUAAUGGAAUUGCACAUUUAGAUAUUAAUUGCAAAAGACAUCAGAGACGAGAAAAGCCCUUCUCUUUUUUUUUCUGUUUUUUUUUGUUUGCCUUUUUGCUCCUCCCACCGUCACCUCCACUGCUGCAGCAUCCAUCCAGCCAUCCGACCUGCUCCACCCUUCUCCACCUCCACUGUGUGUGUGUGUGUUUGUUUGCGUGUGCAGGUGUGUGUCUGCAGACCCUGUAGAGUCACUCGGUUUACAAAAUGAGAGGAUGAAGAAAAACAAACGUCUGGUGUAACAGCAUCACAGAAGGGGGCGGAGCCUGAAAACUAUUUAACCAAUAAGCCUUAGAUGUACAUAAAGAGAAAGAAAAAUACACCUCCUUCUUUAUUUUUCUCCUUUUUAUCUCCUCCCUCAGCUGAAAUCACUGAAGAACAUAAAUUAUCCAGCACCUGAUUUUAUUUGUGCCACAAUCUUUUUUUUGUUUGUUUGUUUAUUUUCCUGUUUAAAAAUAAACGUGUGCUGUGCAGUUUUCUUCCUAAAGGAGCCACUGUUCCCCUCAGAUUUCCCUCCUAUAUUUUUUGAUCACUGAUGCACACACACUUCUUCUUUUUUUCCUGUUCAUUUCUCCCUGUAUCUUCCUCCAAGAGGGAAAAACAAAUUUGAAUUCUCGCUUUAGUGGAAAAAUAAAUUCUCCUGUCAGACCUGGUGGAGUUUAGGCUUUCACUGUAUGUGCAAUAUGCAUUAUUUUUAUUUUUGAUUUUUUUUUUCUUAAACGCUUUACGAUCGGCCCCAUCAUCAGUAAUAACUUUUUUUUUCUCCCACCGCUUCCAUCAUCACUCUCCCUCUUCUUCCUCCUCCUCCUUUUUUUCUUUUAAGUUUGUAGUGUAGUCAGUUUAUACUCUCACCUUUUUUUGUUUUGUUUUGUUUUGUUUUAGCAGGUACUGAGUGAUGCUGUAUAUACCUGUAUGUAUUUGUUUGAGACCAGCACAUGGCAUGCGUUUAUGGUUCCCGUCUGUUACUACUAUUAAAAAUAUACCAAUUCCAGAGAAGAAAAAAAAGUUGUGUUUUAAUAAAAUCAUUUUCUUUUUUUAUAUAGUCAUUGGUUACAGUUACGUCUCUCUCUCUCUCUCUCGCUCUCGCUCGUUUGUCUCUCGACCUGGCGGUGUUCAGUGCUCUAAUUUCCAAAUAAGUGUUUUUUUUCCCACUUCAUAGUGAGAUUAAAUAAUGGCUUCAUUCACUACAUUUCACUUUACUCAGUAUCAUGGAAGAGUGCUGUCCUUUUCUUAAAGCUGUAGUAUUAUUAUAGCCCAGCUGUUGUCACUAAAGAGUAAAAGAAAUAUCGUAGAAAUCGCCGAUAACCCAACGUCUAUGUGCACUGUCGAUGCCAUGUGAGGGUCGAACAAAGCCGAACAUCGUCACUUAUUAUUUCUUGCAUCGAAAAAAAACACAUUUUUAUGCAUUUCAGUGGCCUUUUAAGGAUGUUUUAGUAAAAAGAAGAGAAAAGUCGCUGCAGAUGGACUCAUGGUCGUCCGCUCUGUUUAAGACUUUUCUUCUGUUUUUUUUUUCUUUAUUAUAAUUUUUUUUUCGUUUCCCAUUUUCUUGUAAAAUAGGUGUGUGGCUUAAUACAUGCAAGCUGUGCUGUGACUACCAACCACUGAAGAGUUCAUUAAAAAUAAACUUGUACAUUGUAAAGUU